GAACAAAACAGUUGUGUAUUCAGCUUUUCGCGUAUCGUUUUAUAUCCCAUUUCUUUGCGCACAAAACAUCAACUUCAUUUUCUACUCCUGUUACUUGUCAGGAGGUGCGGAACAAUAUGAUUUAACGAAAAAGAUAUUGAUGACUUUAUUUUGCGACAUGAAGUAGUUACUGAAAACUGUGGCAAGCUGUCGGGACAAUCGUUGAAAAUCGGCAUUUAAUUGAGAAUACAGAGCGCAACAUGGAAGAAGCACAGACUACUCCGAUGAGCUACACCUUGGCGUAUUUUAGAGACGGGAACUCGAGCAAGGGGAACACCUCAAUGCGCGGAAAUAACACGGACUCCUCCGCCCUUUGGGAGUCAUUCCUAACCGUAUGUCACGUUUCUGCGAUCUACCUUUGCGUACUAUCCUUCCUCACAAUCUUAGCAAACGGACUUCUGUUAUUCGGGCUUUUCAAGCAGCGCGCGUUAAGACCUCGUCACCCGGCGACGGUGUUUAUUAUAGGGCUCGCCAUUGCUGAUUUUGUAACGGGUGCUACGGUUAUGCCUCUGUUUGCGUAUUUCUAUUUUCGCGUCUCUAAAGACGAGAUCACUGCUUAUGACUAUAACACAGUGCUCCGUGCAGGCGGGAUUAUAUCCGGGGUUACUAUGAACGUCUCGAUUCUCGUUAUUCUGUUUCUCUCCUGGUCUCAGCUGCUUGCGAUCGUUUACCCUCAUCGCAAUAACAACUAUGUGACCAAGGAACGUGCUGUAAUUUGCGUGGUUUCAAUCUGGGUAUAUUCCUGUGUUUUCGCGUUUUCUAAUCUCAUGGGGGUACCAACUGAUGUGUAUCAGAAACUAGACGUCUAUGUAAACCUUACUGGCGUCCAUAUCUUAGUAUUGGUGACCCACGUUUGCUUGAAUAUCGCGUACAAGCGUCAGCUAGUUCACCUUGCGCCAUUAAAUGAAAGCUCACAAAACAACUCGCGCGCCGAGAGAACCAAACGAUCACAAAAACAUCUAGUUGUAAUUAAUCUACUCUUAACAACAUGUCUUCUGAUAUUUGUACUUCCUGUCACAAUCAUGUGGUACAUUAAUUUAUAUCGGAAAUCCAGUAAUGAGGAAGAGAGAAUCAGAACAACAAUAGCUAGUGUUCUUAUUGAUACAAUUUUAUAUCUUAAGUUCUUCAUCGACCCGUUCAUUUACGCAAUGCGGCUGCGUAAGUUUCGGGUCGCGGUUGUGGACGCGAUUAGAGGACGAACAUCGAGUAUGCUGUCUACCACGGUCCAGCCACCGCGGUCACGACUUAACACUAUGCGAUGAACGCGUGGCGGGAAAAUGCGUGAAAUCUAGUGUCACGGUCCAGCUACCGCGGUCACGACUAAACACCUGCGAUGAACGCGUGACAAAAGAAUGCGUGACUUUAAGUGUCACG